UCAGUGCGGUCGAUCAGGCGAUCGAUCGAGUGGACGAGUGAGCUUUUAAAUACUGUUAUUUGUACACUACCCCAGGCUUGUGAAUAGAACGCUCGUGUGCAGAUCCGGUGUGAGUUCUUUCUCUUGACGCGACUGGGAGAACUAGACUCGCAACAUGGUGACGGAGAAGAAGCUGACGCGCUGGACCUCACUUGCUUUUGGUGGACAGCCGUCGUUUUCACUGCCGACCGCUCUAAAGAUGAUGGAAAGCACGUUACCUGACAACUGGAAAGCGUGGAAAGCGAAUUGGAUGGAAUUCGCAGCGUUGAUCCAGUUAGACGAAUAUCCGAAGUCAUACCAGAUGGCCAUGUUCCGAUACGCUAUCGGCCAUGAAGCGUGCCGUAUAAUGAAGCCGUGGAAUUUCUGUGACCAUGAUGGAGUGAUGGAUCUUUCCCAAAUAAUCGAGAGGUUUGAGAACUAUUGUGAUGGCCGAUUAACCCUUCUAGCUAGUUGUGGCAGGUUGGUCGAUGCCUUUUCAGUGGACAGUGAAUGUCAGCAAGCGACGAAUGAUUCAAUAACAAAGUACUCAAACGGUCUUAGCGAACAAGAGUGUGUCUUUCCAACGCCGUUGACACAAAUGCGACCAGCAUCAUCACACCAUGAUCUAACAACCACUGACAACACGCUACUCCCGGAAAGCUGCAUCAGAAUAGAGUGCAGUUCAACACAGUCGCUUCAAAGGGUCGAACGGACCGAGGCUGCAGCCGAAAGGAAACAUUGUCAUAAAAACUGAAAACAAACUAAAGAAAUGAUACUGGAAGGAAGAAAAGCGCUAUCUACCGAGAUCGAGACAAGUUCGAUUCAACGUUUCUUCAGUUGGAGGCGAAGGAACUUGAUGACAGCAGCUAAUGCUCUAAUUCAGCCCAACCUUGCUGCGACUGUCAUGUCUUUAGACCAGACGCUCACCCGCAGUAGACAAGGAUAUAGCAAAUGCAACACAAAAACUGCGAUAAAAUGAAAAAGGGAAGGAUGUGAUGGUGGCUGAAACCGGGGGCGAGGGCGAUCGUUUGCCUCAGUGCGGUCGAUCAAGCGAUCGAUUGAGUGGACGAGUGAGUUUUUAAACACCCAAUUAAUUGUACAUUGCCUCAGACUUGUGAAUAGAACGCUUGUGUGCAGA